GCCAGAAUGCACACGAGAUAGCCGAAGCUCUCAAGGCCCCUGUGUCGGGAAGGCUUAUUGUACGUUGCAGCCCAAAUACAACCGCAUACUCAUGCUUACUCGUUGGUAAAAGACCCUGUGUGCCAUCUGGUACACGACCUCCAUCAUGUCAAACACGUCGUCCAAGGCCAUCCUGACCGCCUUGCCCAAGCCCGUGACCUUGACCUUGAUUCAAUUCAUGUUUGUAUGUUCGUGGUGUCUGUUACUGUCAUGGGCUGCUCGCAUCCACCCUCCUCUCCGGAACUCAAUGCCCGUACUACGCCAUGGAAUCCGCAAACCUUCCCGCGAGCUCAUCAUGACAACUCUUCCAUUGACCGCCUUUCAAAUCGGUGGUCACAUCCUUAGCUCUGAUGCCAUGAGUCGCAUACCCGUAUCGCUCGUCCAUACAAUCAAGGGUCUGUCGCCUUUGCUCACAGUUCUCGCCUACCGCUUUGUCUUUGGUGUCCGAUACUCAUACGCAACUUACAUGUCGCUCGUACCUCUCACACUGGGUGUCGUCAUGGCCUGCUCCGCUAGCUUCAAAGCAAACUUCUUAGGCCUUGUGUAUGCCUUUGGCAGUGCUCUACUAUUCGUCACCCAGAACAUUGUGUCCAAGAAGCUCUUCAACGAGGCUGCCAAAGCAGAGGCCGAUGGCAUCAGCAUACGCAACAAAAAGCCCGACAAGCUCAAUCUCUUGUGCUAUUCUUCCGGUCUUGCCUUCUUCUUCACCCUGCCUAUUUGGCUCUGGUCAGAAGGCUUCUCAAUGAUCGCCGAUUUCCUUGCUGAUGCGUCUAUCGAAUUGACCGAGCGUCCUGGAUCCCUCGACCACGCACGUCUGGGUCUCGAGUUCAUCUUCAACGGAUCCUUCCACUUUGGCCAAAAUCUCGUCGCCUUUGUCUUGCUGGGACUGGUCUCUCCAGUGACUUACAGUGUCGCCAGUCUGUUCAAGCGUGUCUUUGUCAUUGUCUUUGCGAUCAUCUGGUUCGGCAACAAGAUGACAAACAUCCAAGCCUUUGGCAUUGGCCUCACGAUCAUCGGACUCUACCUCUACGACCGCACCAGCGAUGCUGCAAAAGCAGACAAGCGUGCUCGCGAAAUGCAAGAAAGCAAAGACACCUUGCUCCCCUUGGUCAGCGGCGAUAAUAAGAAGUCGGAUGCAAAUUUCCACUCGCAAUUUCCUGCCAAUGGCUAUCCAGCUUCUAACGGAGGAGGCUAUGGUUUACCGAAUGGCGCUGAGCACAGUAUGCGUGCAAGGGCAUCAAGUAAUGCAUCGCCUGGCUCAUGGCUGGCACCGGGUACCAAAGCCGAAGAGACCUGGAAUCCAGAAGAUCGCUUUGGUCCCAAGCAGAGUAUAGGUGUCAGAUAGAGUCGGCCACUUGUAACUCAAUACAUUGAUGAAUAGAAUUAACUUGUUGUAAUGAAACACGAUAGACAUAUUAUCUUCUCACACC